GUCAGAUAGCAACAGCACAUCAUGGGCAACCUUUACGCCAAGCUUCGCCACGUCAUGGAUCGCUUCGCGGGGACAAAGCGCCGCAUCAUUAUGCUCGGCCUCGACGCGGCAGGCAAGACCACGAUUCUGUAUCGCCUCAAGCUCAACGAAACCAUGCACACGCUGCCAACGAUCGGCUUCAACGUCGAGACGUUCACAUACAAGAACGUCGAGUUCACAGCGUGGGACAUUGGCGGUCAAGACAAGCUGCGCGCGCUGUGGAAGUACUACUACCAAAAUACGGACGCUAUCAUUUUCGUGGUCGACGCCACCGACCGUCACCGGAUCGAUAUUGCCGCCCACGAGCUCGCACGCAUGCUCCAAGAAGAUGAGCUUCGCGAUGCAAAGCUACUUGUGUUUGCCAACAAGCAAGAUUUGCCGGGUGCCAUGUCGGCCGGCGAUGUCGCACGCCACUUGAAGCUGGACCAAGCGACCAAGAACCCGACGUUUGUGCAGCCGUGCUCGGCCGUUGGUGGCACAGGGCUCUAUGAAGGCCUCGACUGGGUGAGCAAAGUGCUUACCCAGCAGCAGUAG